AUGCAGCGCGGAGGCCCCUCCACGGCCGCCCCGCGGCGCCGCCACCUGAGCCGCCGGCUGGGCCGCGCGCAGGACCGGGCGCUGGGCGGCGGCCUCUUCCUGCUGCGGGAGAGCGGCCCCACCGGCUUCCUGCUGCGGGAGGAGGCGCCCGCGCCGCGGGACUUCCGAGUUCUCCUGGGAAACCCGCACACCUGCAACUGCCCCGAGUUCCAGAAGUGGGGCGAGCUGUGCAAGCACAUCUGCUGGAUCUUGUUGAAAAAAUUCAAGCUUCCAAGGAAUCAUGAAUAUGCUCUGCAGCUGGGCCUGGUGGAAGGAGAGAUCGAGGAGCUGCUCCGGGGCGUGAACCGCGUGCCGACUCCCCCCACGCCAGCCAGCGACCCCCACGCACACACGGAGGCCGGCGGCGGCGGCGGCGGCGGCGGCGGGCGCGCGGAGCAGAAGGAGAUCGGCCCCGAGGACAUCUGCCCCAUCUGCCAGGAGGCGCUGCUGGACAGGAGGCUGCCCGUCACCUUCUGCAGGUUCGGCUGUGGCAACAACGUGCACAUCGGAUGCAUGAAGAUCCUGGCCAACUACCAGGACGCCGCGGCGAGCACCGCCAUGGUGAGGUGCCCCCUGUGCCGGGAGGACUUCGCGCCGCUGGACCGCAUUCUGGAGGAAUUCAGAAACGCCAGCACACUGGUGACCCUGGCGGAGAGGGAGCGCCUGGACCGGCAGCUGGGGCUCCCCUGCAACGGCUGCCUGCGGUGCCCCAUCGAGGGGCCGUGCUACAAGUGCGCCCGGUGCGAGGAGUACCACCUGUGCCAGGCCUGCUUCAACAGCCGCUGCCACGGCGCCCACGCCUUCACCUUCCGGGAGAAGAGAAAUCAGAGAUGGAAAUCGCUAGAAAAAAGACCAGGUGGAGCUGAGAAACACACAGAUGUUAAAAACGUCGUGGAAGAACAGGCACCGCAGCAUCCAGAAACGCCAGGCCCGGCGCUCACGCCAAAGCACGUGGUGCGGUCGCUGCCUCUGCUGAUGGUCACCAAGAACAGCAAGCUGCUGGCCCCCGGCCUGCAGUGCCGCCUCUGCCUGCGGCCCUUCUGCCUCGGCCAGUACGCCCGGCUGCUCCCCUGCGCCCACAAGUUUCACAGGAAAUGCAUCGACAGCUGGCUGCUCCACAAGUCCAACACGUGCCCCGUGGACGCACAAGUCAUAUACAGCCCUCUGCUCUGGAAGGACACGGCCGCGAGUGGGCGCGGCCAGCACCCCGCUCCUGGCACAGGGGCCGCCCGCUCGCCGAAGCAGGAGGACCCGGCGCUCUUCAUCCCCGGCACCGGGUUAGCGUUGCCACAGAGCAGAGCCGGGGGGCUGCCCGCCAUCCACCAGCGCAACUCCGAGAAGCGGAAGACGCCCCCGCACUGCACGGGCGCCCACGGGGAAGUGACCUCCGGCGACCCGCGCUCGCUCAGCGCAGACGACGCAGAUCCGAGGAAACUGAUCUACGAGCGUAAAAUCAGGCAGCACUUCCCCCGGUUCUUUCAGGAUCUGCCCACGGGACCCUUUGGGAGAACGCCGUCUCAAACCUUCCUUCCUUCCAUCACCCGCAAGAACAACGUGCGUCCCCCUGGGACGGGACGCCCCAGGAUCGGUGACCCCGGCCAGAGCCAGAAGCCGACCACAGGCUCCAAGCGCAUCCACCACCUGAAGAAGGUCCUCGGCGCCCGCAUCUGA